AAACUUGCAAGUUACUGAUCGCAUCCAUUAUUCCAUUUCGACGUGGCAGAACUGUGAUCGACUGCUCUUGGUUUGCUUUGGUUUCCCUCAUCCUCCACAUCACCAGAGAUGCCGUCGAGCUAAGAAUACCAACGGUGAAGAGAACCAAGCUUCUCUUCCCUGAAGCCCAUGGCGUCCAGUCUCAGCUAUCUUCCACCUCAGCCCACCGUUACCCGUCCUCUCCAUCGCUGCUACUCCCAGUUCUCCACACUUCCUUCGUGGCGCAUGUUAAUUUCUGCCCAGGAUCUAACAUUUCCCUACCAAACCCUCAUUUCCUCGUCGCCUCUUCCUCCUGGGAGAUUUCGCUUGCCAUUGCAAGUUAAAUGCAAUGCCCAGACUCUGGUUUCUUCUGAUAUAUCGCAGGGGACUCCUGUUCGGCCAACAAAUGUGUUGGUCGUCGGAGCUACUGGAACAUUGGGCCGGCAGAUAGUCAGGAAGGCAUUAGAUGAAGGAUAUGAUGUUAGGUGUCUUGUAAGGCCUCGGCCAGCUCCGGCUGACUUCUUGCGGGAUUGGGGAGCUAUUGUUGUCAAUGGAGAUUUGAGCAAGCCAGAAACGAUACCGGCAACUCUAGUUGGUGUUCAUACAAUAAUUGAUUGUGCAACAGGGCGGCCAGAGGAACCCAUUCGAAAGGUAGAUUGGGAAGGAAAGGUUGCUCUCAUACAAUGCGCAAAAGCAAUGGGAAUUCAGAAAUAUGUGUUCUAUUCCAUCCACAACUGUGAUAAACAUCCUGAAGUUCCAUUAAUGGAAAUCAAGUACUUCACUGAGAAGUUUCUUCAGGACUCUGGUCUAAACCACAUCAUAAUUCGCUUGUGUGGUUUCAUGCAGGGCCUAAUUGGGCAAUAUGCUGUGCCAAUACUAGAAGAGAAGUCAGUAUGGGGGACAGAUGCUCCCACCAGAAUAGCUUAUAUGGACACUCAGGACAUAGCCCGACUCACUCUCAUAGCCAUGCGCAACGAAAAAGUUGACCAGAAACUUCUUACGUUUGCCGGACCUCGUGCAUGGACAACUCAGGAGGUGAUCACAUUGUGCGAGAGACUUGCAGGGCAAGAUGCAAAUGUAACCACUGUUCCUGUUUCAGUUUUAAAGCUGACUCGCCAGCUUACUCGACUUUUUCAAUGGACAAACGAUGUUGCAGAUCGAUUGGCAUUUUCAGAGGUACUAUCAAGCGACAUCGUUUUCUCAGCUCCGAUGAACGACACAUAUAGCCUUAUCGGCGUCGAUUCGAAGGAUAUCAUCACCUUGGAAAAGUAUCUACAGGACUACUUUACAAACAUAUUGAAGAAGCUGAAGGACCUGAAAGCCCAGUCGAAGCAAACUGACAUUUAUUUCUGAGAAGAAAUCGGAACAAUUCAAGUUGCAGGAAACCAUUGUCGAGGAAGCAAGCCAACCACCUUGCCCUCAUCUCUGAAGUGUGGAGGUUUGAUAUGCUCUCAGAAUACCCAAUGAUGGCCAUCUGUGGAAUCUGAGAAUGUAUACACUCCCUACAUCAAAGUCGGUUCUUUCAUGUAAGUAGCUCUAGUACAUAAAUUCUUGUAAAUAAGUGCCUUAUGUGAACCCAAACUAUUUGUGAUAACAUUAAUGAUGAUUAUUGUAAUAAGUACCUGUACAGAGGAACUAUCAUAUCUUCUGUC